AAAACACACUCGUAGAUUAGUAGUAACAAUCGGCAUGGCCGAGCGCAGCCUCUCUUAUCCGGCUUUGCGGCACAGUGUGGUUUACCCAGGAGGUCCAGAUUUGUGUCACUCGGCACGCACUAUUAUACUUCCGGAAAAGAGUUCGCCGGCAGUUGCCAUGUAUCCAUGCCGAUGAUGUCGCCUCUCCUGAAGUGCGGACCCAUAACCUCAUCUAACUUUGCAAACGACGUGGACAAUAAAAACAUGGGCCCUGUGCCUAGUUCUUCUCAACGGACUUUAUGUCUUUAUCACGACACACUCCUAGAAAGUUGAUGUUACGCGUAAAGCAUCUUUUCCUUCAAAGAUGGCAGUCAACGACGAGAAACUCGACCCUCCACCACCGCCCCUUUCACUGUUCCGGCUGGUUCUUGACCAGGCUCGCGUCACAGAAGAAGUCGUCGCCCAUGAGUACGAAGGAGCUGGUACGACCGAAGACCCUUACAUUGUCACAUAUAUCCCUAACGACGCUGGCAAUCCUUUCACCUGGACUCAGGGCCGGAGAUGGUUCGUCACUGGAAUCGUGGCUCUCGAAACCCUGUGCACAGCCUUCUGCUCCUCUGCCUUCUCUGGCACCAUUCGUGAACUUCGAGUCGACCUAGGAGCGAGCAAUCAACUCAUUACUGCUGGUAUAUCACUUUUUGUCCUGGGCUUCGCGACUGGACCACUUAUCUUUGCCCCACUGAGCGAGAUCUAUGGCCGACAAAUCAUUUUCACCAUCAGCUUCGGAGCAUUCACAGCGUUCAACGCGGGAUGCGCCGCCGCCAACAAUAUAGGAACUCUCUUGGUGCUCCGUUUCUUCGCUGGAGCCUUUGGUUCAUCUCCUCUUACCAAUGCCGGAGGCGUCAUCGCUGAUGUUUUCCCUGCAUCUCAACGGGGCCUUGCCAUGGGCAUUUUUGCGCUUGCUCCUUCCAUGGGUCCCACGUUUUCGCCCUGGAUUGCAGGUUUCUUGGGACAAAGUGAGGGCUGGCGAUGGGUUAUGGGCCUGUUGACAAUCUUUUCAGGUGUCCUUUGGAUUCUCGGCACCGUCUUCGUCCCCGAGACAUAUGGCCCCAUUAUUCUUCGAAAGAGAGUCGCCAUCCUCGCGCAAAAAACCGGAAAGGUCUACGCAUUGCAGGGCGAUAAAGAGAAAGGUACUCCGUCAUUAGGCGCGGUAUUGAGCACUGCUCUUCUUCGCCCAUGGAUCUUGCUCUUCCGUGAGCCGAUUGUCCUCCUGCUUUCGAUCUACAUUGCCAUUGUUUACGGCACUCUGUAUCUCCUUUUCGGGGCGUAUCCAAUCGUCUUCCAGCAAGUUAGAGGUUGGUCGGCCGGUAUCGGGGGUCUUCCAUUUCUAGGAGUUGCUGGCGGCAUGAUCAUUGGUAUCGUAUUUAUUGGAUGGGCCAACAAGUGGUACAUUGCCGCAGCCGAGGCGAACGGUGGAGUUGCCCCCCCAGAGGCAAGACUGCGACCGACCCUCUAUGGCUCGUUUGCCAUUCCAAUCGGCAUGUUCUGGUUUGCUUGGACCAACUCUCCUUCUAUCCACUGGAUCUCCCCAGUCCUUGCUGGAGCACCUUUUGGAUUUGGGCUGAAUAUCGUCUUCCUGGGCAUCACCAACUAUCUGAUCGACUCCUACACGAUCUACGCGGCAUCCGUCCUGGCAGCCAACACCGUACUUCGGUCGCUGUUUGGUGCGGCAUUCCCCCUUUUCACCGCCGAUAUGUAUAGUGCAUUGGGAAUUCAUUGGGCUAGUUCGGUACCUGCCUUCCUGGCCCUGGCAUGUGUGCCCUUCCCUUUCAUUUUCUACAAAUAUGGAGCACAAAUCCGUGCCCGAUGCUUGUAUUCUGCGCAAGCCGAAGCCGUUAUGAACCAAUUACGAGCCAAGAAUGGCAAUGCUAUCAGGCAGGCUGAAGCAGAGGAGACUCCCGAUCUUAGCAGAACCACAACGGGGGGCAGCAAUGUCGGUGCUGACGGUGUCUUACAAGACACUGACGGAGAGUCUUUGAAGUCUCGAGCGACAAGACAUUCCACCUCAGAUACAAUUACCCGAACACAAUUGGCUCGCACGAGAUCGCGUGCUGAGAGCAUUCCAGAGGCUGCCCAAUACAAUGCCAGCCCUUACAACAUUGACAGAGUUUAUACCUCGACUUCAGUGGCUGGCCUUGAGCUUACGAGAACAAAGACAAACCGAUCUCAUGGUCGACGAGGCUAGCAGUCUACGCUGUUGGUCUUAAUGAUUUUGAAUACUGCUGCAUGGCGAUGGCGUUGCGUCCCGAGGGGGGACUUGUACAACAUCCUUCAAUAGAAUAGACUAGCGACUGAUCGUGCAUUUCAUGGCGCACGUAUGGGGUAUAUCAACGUAUAAAUAGUACAAUUUGAUCCCAAACUCAUAAAAUG